ACGUCGUUGUAUAAAACGUCCAGACGAGGAGGGUCUUAUCAAUUGUUUUAGAGCCUCACAUCAUGUUGGCCGCCAUCUUCCUGCUCGCCUUCGGGUUGGUCGCUACCCAGGAGCCCAGGCCUUGCGUUAGUCCACCACAGUGGGAGGGCAGACUUUUCAGGAACGACUGGAGCAAGAACUUCACGCAGAUCGCUCAGAUCAGUUAUGACGAGACCAACCGCCGAGUCCGUGAGAUCGAGGAGCUCGACUUCUCCACCGGCCGCGACUAUUUCGACGUCUUGUAUCUGCACAACAUCAACGUUGAAUAUCGUCUGAACCUGAGGACCCGCCAGUGCAACACCACCACCCUUUCCCGCCCCUUCAUCCCCUUCGGUGUCCCUCCAGAUGCCCGCUACGACGUCGAGUACACCGUCGGCCCCGCCAACAUCCCCGAGGAACACAUCACCGUCAUCCGCUUUGACGGCAACAUCACCGAAGGUGCUUACUUUGGCACUGUGACAUCUCCUGACUGUGUGCCAGUGACAUCUGGCUUUUUCAGCAACAGGACCGGCUUCAUCCACUCAACGUUCUAUGACAUCACCACCGGCAUCCCGGACCCCUCAGUGUUCGUUCCCCCUCGGAGUGCACACGGGUGUAAGCGAGGCUCUAGCCCUAUAACCAGCGUGCUGUAGCACUCCUACGGCUUGUGUUGUGCGUGCCUGUAGUCUGCUGUUGUUGUCGCCAAUUAAAAACAUGAAGAGAUGCGUGGCCA